CCAGCCCUCUCCAGGGACCCUUUUGUUCAGCUCUCAGACAUAAGCACCUUCUCGCCAGCCAAGUGCUUCAGUGGCGACUUCCCCGCCUUGGCAAAGGAGGAAGACCCGGGAGAGCCAGCCCUGACCUGCAGCAGCCCUUCGAAAUGUCUCGAUCCUUCUAUGUCGACUCUUUAAUCAUCAAAGAUUCCUCGAGGCCAGUUCCUUCCCUGCCUGAGCACCCCCACGGACAGGAUUUCCUCAUCCCCCUCAGCAUGCCUUCCCCCCUGGUCAUGUCGGUGUCGGGCCCCGGCUGCCCGUCCCGCAAGAGCGGCACCUUCUGCGUGUGCCCGCUCUGUGUCACUUCUCACUUGCACUCGUCCCGGGGGGGCGGCAGCGGGGCCAUCCCCUUGCUCAAGAGCCAGUUCUCUCCCGGCGGAGAUGCCCAAUACUGCCCCAGGAUGAGCCAUGCCCAGCACCACCAGCAGCAGAGCUCGGUACCAGCCGCCGCAACAGCCCUGGGCCACCCAGCGCAUCACGCACCUGUCUGCACCGCCACCACCUACAGCGUUAGCGACCCCAGGAGAUUCCAUUGCCUCGGCAUGGGAGGAUCCGAUACUAGCCACAUUCCCAACGGCAAGAGGAUGCGGACCGCUUUCACCAGCACGCAGCUUUUGGAGCUAGAGAGGGAAUUUUCUUCCAACAUGUACCUGUCCCGCCUGAGGAGAAUCGAGAUCGCUACCUACCUGAACCUGUCCGAGAAGCAAGUGAAAAUCUGGUUCCAGAAUCGGAGGGUGAAACACAAGAAAGAAGGCAAGGGAACCCAGAGAAACACUCACGGGGGCUGCAAGUGCACUGGCAACCCGGGACAUUACCCCAGGUCAGAAGACGAAGAGUCUUUAUCCCCAUCUUCUGCGAACGAGGACAAAGAGAUCUCCCCUUUAUAA